AUGACUGCAACCAACCCACUGAAUGUUUUCAAAGGAUCAGAUUCUUUAGCACAGUACUUUGAGCCUGACAAUGCUCCUCCAGUUCCCUUGGUUGAGUUGCCCGAAAGCCUUAAUCCACUGCGGGCAGAUGGAGUCAGGAUCUAUGCGAAGAUGCUCACGGCACUGCCAGCACAGAAUGUGAAAUCUUUGCCAGCACUAAACAUGCUUUACACUGCGGGUGACAACAUACAUGAUCAGCAAAUUGUAGAAGCAAGCUCUGGCUCAACUAUUCUGUCCCUUGGAAUGCUCGCAAGAGGACUUUGGGGCCAUGAAAACACAGCUGCUUAUGUGACCAACAAGUCGCGUAGAUCGCAGCUGGACAUGCUACGAUUUUUUGGGAUAAAAUGCAUCCUGUACGGCGGCAUUUCUCAGCAGAACCCAAUGGAUCCCAGGGGUAUUGUGCAAAGGCUACAGCGUCUGGAAGCUGAGUCUUCAGAUGUAUACAAUUGUAAGCAAUAUCACAGCGAAAAGAACUGGGAAUCGCACGUUCGAUGGACAGGCCCCCAAAUAUGGAAACAACUGCCCGAGAUUACCCUCUUCUGCUCGACUGUUGGUACUGCUGGCUGCAUAGUUGGGGUGGGUAAAUAUCUCAAGCCACUGAAGCCAUCUGUCAAAGUCCUCGGUGUAUAUAAUGUGCAGGGUGAUCAUACUCCGGGUCCUCGGGCCCGUACUGGAUUUGAGCACAAUCCUUUUCCGUGGCAGGGAGUCAUCGAUGAUUACCAAGAAGUGAAGUCUGCCGACGCGUAUCGGGCGUCGAUGGCUCUUUCACGUCAUGGAAUCAUCGCCGGCCCCUCGUCUGGACAGGCACUACAUGGCCUUAUAGCUCAUCUUGAAGAAAUGAAGGCCGCUGGUCGACUGAACGAACUUGUUGAUGCGGAGACAAAAGAGAUUCAUUGCGCUUUUGUUUGCGCCGAUCUCCCCUACCAGUACAUCGACGGAUACCACGCGAAGCUGGACGAAAGUGAGUUUCCGACAGUUUCAGAUGAGCAUCUUCUGGAUGUGGAUCAAGACUACUAUGACAAGGCUUGGUUCCUCAUCCCAGAGCACGCCAUGGAAUUUUUCUCCAAACAUAACGUCACCAGUCCAUUGUUUUGUCCCAGUGCACCUACCAAGGAUUCCUUGUGUCGAGAAUGUCACUGCGGCUCACACGUUGCAAAUGGAGAUAGUAGUAACAGCGAUGGGUUAACCUUGAUUGAUUUCCGUCCAAAGGCAGCGUUUGACCAAGGUCAUGUCAAAGGCUCGAAAAGCCUGCCCUUGUCGGAGACGAUCGACGAUUUCUUCGGCGAUUCUUACGCUGUCGAAAAGCGGUGGCUGGAAUUGUCCGAUUUACUGAAACGGGAACCAUGGUUAUUGGAAAAGAGCUCUGGGCCUGUGCUGAUAGUAUGUACCGAAGGAGAUACAGGGCGCAUGGCAGCCUCGAUGUUACGGGCCCGGGGACGGGAGGCUUUCAGUCUCGAAGGUGGAUUCGAAGCAAUUACUGCUUAUGAACGGGGCGAACGACGAGUUUACUUUAGAUAG